UUUCAAUCCACAAAUUCGACAUAACGUGGUUAAUGAAUUUAUGAAAGGAAAAAAAAAAAUGAAAUUUUUAUGCUUUCAAAAAUUCAUACAUGGUGAAGUAAAUUUGGUGAAAUUUUCUGACAAAAAACGACCAACUCAGCAAGUUUAUCGAAGGCUCUCUAAUAUUCGGCAACCAGGUAUCAUUGGUGAAGUGCAUUUUGCAACCUCAGAUAAUACUGAAAUAUUUUAUGAAAAAAGUUCAGGCUCAAGAAGUCAUAUUCGUAAAGCAAUUUUGAAAAAUGAAUUUCUGGGAAAUUUCGAAACGUCCCAGGUCGAAGCUCUAAUUUCUGCAAUGUACUCCAAGCAAAUUCCACCAAAUUCUAGAAUUAUUCAGGAAGGUGACAUUGAUUACCAUCUUUAUGUCUCAGUAGAAGGAAAAUUUGAUGUCUAUGAAGAUGAAAUUUAUAAGAGAAGUUUUGGCUCCGGAUUUGCUUUCGGAGAAUUGUCACUGCUCUAUAAUACAAAAAGUCUUUGUUCUGUUGAUGUAAAGGAAGGUGGAAAAGUAUGGGUUUUAGAAAGGGGUGCGUUUCAAGCAGCAUUAAGAAAUUGUGAUAUUAUGAAUACGAGUGAUCACGUUGAACAUCUGAGACGCAUUUCAAUUUUGAAGACACUUCCCACUCAUGUUCUUUCAAAAAUCUCCAAUUUGAUCAACGUGGAAUUUUUCCCUCCAAAUGCUCAAAUUUUGAAACAAGGAGAGCAAGGGGAUAAAUUUUACAUAAUCAGUGGAGGAAAAGUAAGAAUAACUCGAGACAUGCCAAAUGGCAAAGAGAAAAUUUUGGUAAUUCUUGGAAAAGGGGAUUAUUUUGGCGAAAUAGCACUCUAUGACGAUGGCGAACAUACUAGACAAGCCAAUGCUUUUGCCCAUUCAUCUGGAAGCGAAUGUUUCACAAUUGAUAGAACGUCAUUCAUCAACUACUUGGGUGAUUUGGAUGAAAUUAGACAUAAGGAUUGGGUUGGAGAAUACCAAAAGCGAAAAAGUACGAUAAAAGUUCAGUGGACAAAUCAAUAUCCUGAUCUGCGAUUGUCAGAUCUGAAAGUAAUCGAUACUCUUGGGAAUGGAAGUUUUGGGCGAGUAGAGCUUGUGACUGCUCGUUUGAUUCCUGGUGUGAGUUUUGCCCUGAAAAAAAUUAAAAAGAAGGAAGUGACUAAUAGAAGUUAUCAGAAAUAUGCUUAUAAUGAAAAGCGGAUAAUGCAGAUUUGUAAUUCUCCAUUUAUAUGCAAGUUGCACCGUACUUUCAAGGACAAAAAGUACUUAUACUUUUUAAUGGAAGUUUGUCUAGGUGGAGAUUUAUACACACACAUUUCGAGAAAUGGAAAACUCGAAAAUUCAACAGCCAAAUUUGUAAUGGCAUGUAUUAUUGAAGCCUUGGAUUACAUUCAUAAUCUCGAUAUUGUGUAUCGUGAUUUAAAGCCAGACAAUAUUUUAAUUGACAGAAGAGGAUAUCUCAAACUUGCAGACUUUGGUUCAAGUAAAAGAAUAGGACCGGAUAAAACCAGAACGUUUGUUGGAACUCCAGAAUACAUGGCACCUGAAAUUAUUCUCAACAAGGGAUACGACAGAGCUGUUGAUUAUUGGUCGCUCGGGAUCGUUCUUCAUGAAAUUCUCAUUGGAGUAUCCCCCUUUCAAGAUGAUAAUGUUUUAACUCUUUAUGGUAAAAUUGUCAGGGGAAUCAGUUUACAGACUAAUUUUGUAGGUGUAAAGGAAAGUGCUGCUGAUCUUAUUAAAAAAUUAUUACAACAUAAUCCUGCUUCACGUCUUGGUUACCUAAAGGGAGGAAUUAUGGACAUUCGAUCUCAUAAGUGGUUUGGUUCCUUUGACUGGCCCGCAAUUCAAAAUUUGACAAUACAGUCACCUCUUAUACCAAAAAUAAGGGACUACCUUGACACUCGAUACUUCGAGAAAUUUACAUGCGAACGUGAAAUCCCACCUGAUGACUUCACAGAAUGGGAUGAGGAAUUUUAAAAUUAGUCUACAGUACCAGAGGACUUGAAUUUUAUUUCCAUUACUAAUUUUUUUAUAUUCAUA